AUGUCUCGCCUGUUUGUCACGUGCCACUACGUCUUCGACAUUGCUCCGGCCGGACCAACUUACUGUAAUUCAGGCUCUAGAGCAGGCGAAACUCAGAGAACACAGGCAAAACAUGCAAAACAGAGGCAUAACAGAGGUAAACAGAGGCGUGACGACGUGGAAGCACACCCUCGGAACCUGAACACCACGACGUUGCCCUGGUGCUUGACUUCAGCCAAUAGAAGAGCAGGUCUACGGUGCCAGCUCGGCUCUGGCCCGGCUGCUUCGCUUGAGCGGGUGGGCGAAGGAAGGACGAGUCAACCAAUGCUAAGGGGCGGUUGCGAGCGCAAGGGUCGGAUCCAGGAUCAGCCAACUUAUGUGUGUUUGGAGCGGGGGCGGUGCGGCAAGCGCCGAGGCAGAAUUUUGUUACGAGUCCUCCCUCGAGUUGGUCUCCUUCUCGCCUCCUUGUUUCAGCCGUUUUUGCCGCCCAGCCUCGACCUAUCGAGCCUCGGCGCGAAAAGACCCGCUGUCUCGACCAAUCGGUGUCUGGCUGGCGAGUGGGGCGUCACGUCGAUCAAUUGUCUCUCUCUCUCUCUCCCUCGCCGUCGCGGGGCCAAUCCUGAGUGUGUCUUUUCGCUUGGUCACCUCAUCGGCGGCCACACCGAUCAGGCCGGCAAUCCACAGUCCGACAGGUAA